UUAAAAUGACAAUACAACCAAAAAAACUUCCCAAUUGAUUAUAAUCAAUACCAAUAGGAUUCUGAGAAAAUAAUUUUUUUAAUUGUAGAAAUUAGAGGAAAAAAAUUUAAAGAGCAGAGGGUAACUUUAUGUGAAGUGAUAAACUUUGAAUACACAACUUACACAAGUUGAAAAGAAAACACAAAUAGUUGCCUUUGGUAGUCACUCAACCAAAGUUUCAAUGAAACUGUAAAUGUCAGUUAUUCCACAAUUUCAACACAUCGUGAUAGUUGAUGAUUCAACUAAUAACUGAUCCCAGGGAGAGGCUCUCAAACCACAGGUUUCAUCCCAUUCGCUUCGGAGUGUAUAAAAUAGCUGUGAUAUUCCAGGGCCAGUCACCUCCAUUUCUUCUAACACCAUCCCAGAGAAGGAACGGACUGGGAAGUUUGAGAUUACAUCUGAAUAAAAUGAAAGUUCUCCUUCUGCUCACAGCCAUCUUGGCAAUAACCAUUGGUUUCCCGGUCUCUCAAGACACGGAAAGAGAAGCACGAAGUGUCAGUGGGAGUGAUGAACUAUCUUCACAGUUCUUUUUUCCUCCUUACCAAUAUCCACACAGACAUUAUUCACGAUUCCUCUGUCCAUGGUGGGCCUAUUUUUAUCCUCCCAUUUCAGUACCUGCAUCUGUCUCUGCAACUACUCCUCUUAAUGAGAAUUAAAUAAGAAAGAGAAGUCCCAGUGCAAUUUAAGAUGAAAUAGCUGGUCACUGCAAAAUUGAACAUGAGCCACUUCCUUGAAGAAUCAAUAUUCCUGUUAAUCAAAGAAAAAUAAAUGUGAUUGAAGAAGCAUA